AUGUCACGUUCACGAUUAUCUAGUAGUGGUGGUGAAAAAAGUAAAAGCCAUACAAGUACAAAAAAUAAUAAAAAAAGUACUAUAAUUGAAAGCUGUAAUUUUAAUAAUCAUGAACAAUAUGAUUUAUUAACAAAUGUUUUUUUUAAAACACAAAAUAUUUUUGUUGGAAAAGAACAUGAUGGUUUCAAAGAUAAUAUUAAAAAAUUAAUUAAAAACAAUAAAUCACCACCACCACCAAUAAUGAGUGAAUUAUUAUUAUAUAAAGAAAUUUUAUAUGAUAAUGGUGAAUUUGAAACAUUAUGGUAUGAAUCAUCUAGACAUAUAAAAUAUUGUCAAGUAGUAGAAGGAGAAGGUACAAGAUUAUCUAAACCAUUUAUAACAUUAAUGAAUAUUCAAUCAUUAUUUCAAAUAAGAAAUUGUUUUAAAAAAGGUGUCAUUUUACUUGAUUCAACUAUUAAUAAUUAUAAGGAUUUAAUUGAUAAUGUAACAAAUAUUUGUCAACAAAGAAAUAUUAUUAAUGAUGAUGAAGUUAUAAUGUUACAUUCUAUUUUUAAUGCACCAAAAUAUCAUUUUGUUAAUAAUAAAUUACGAUUUAUAGAGAAUGAUUCAAGAUAUAGUGGAAAUAAUGAAACAAAAUUUAUAGAUUCAAGUGAUGAUGAUAAUAAUGAUGAUGAUGAUGAAUAUAAUAGUCAAUCAAUUCAACAACAAUUAGAUGAAGUAAUACCAUUAAAAAAAGAAAAUGAGGAGGAUGAUAGAUUUAUGUUAAAAUUACAACCUAAUACAGAAUCUUCUAUUAUUAUGUGUGGAGUUGUUCAAAAACUUAAACAGCCAAUGUGUACAUUUAUACGAUUAGCUACAAAAACAUUAUUUUAUCCAGAAAUGCCAUCUCAUCCAGUACCAACAAGAUUUAUAUUUAUUUUACUUGUACCAAAUGAAAAUUAUACACAUGAAAUAUUAUAUUUAGGAAGAACAUUAAGUGCUCUCCUUGCUGAUGAUAUUUUUAAAAGUAUAAUAUAUAAUUGUUCAUGUAAUAUAACAAUUUGUGAAGCAAUAGAUAAAUUUAUGAGUCAAAUUAUUGCUAUAGCACCAAGACAAUUAAAUAUUCAUAAUACUAGACUUGAUCCUAUUGAUGAUAUAUGUAUUGAAAAUAGAAAUAUUACCAAUAGAUAUAUUGAUUAUGAUGGUAUUGAAAUUCUUGAAAAUAAUAAAAAUUAUACAAAUAGAACAGGUAAUUCCUUUGAUUAUGAACUUGCCAGAACCGGAAAAGUAUUUGGUGGUCUUAUAAAUGAUAUUAAAAAAAAGUCAUCUACAUAUUUUUCCGAUUUUAGUGAUUUCUUUAAAGGACGUCCUGGACAAUCAUUAGCCUCAAUAUUUUUUCUUUUUUUUGCCAGUCUCACAUCAGCCUUAACAUUUGGUGCUGUAAUGGAAAUUGCAUUAAAUAGAGAAAUGGCUGCAAUUGAAAAUAUAUUAGCUAGUGUAAUAUGUGGUGUCUUUUUUGGAUUAUUUUCAGGACAACCAUUAAAUAUAUUAACUGCAACAGGACCAACAUUGGCAUUUGAGACAAUAAUUUUUUCAUUUUGUAAAGCUAAUAAUUGGGAUUUUUUACCAUUCCGUUUUUGGGUUGGUCUAUCAAUAGCUAUAUAUUUAACAAUAUUUAUAGCAUUUGAUUUAUGUUCAUUAGUUUCAUUGAUAACUCGUUACACAGAAGAAGCUUUCACUGUUUUAAUAGCAAUAGUUUUUAUACUUCAAGCAUUAAAAGAAUUAAUUGAAAUUGGUCAUAGUUAUCCAAUACAAAAAAAUAUUCAUGAAAUUUUUGAAUCACCAUGUUUAUGUAACUUAACAGGAACUGUUUUAAAUAAUAAAUUAAGAAAAGUAAAAAAUUUUGAUCCUUCAAGUUGUUUAGCAAUUGGUGGAACACCUCAUGGAUUAAUGUGUGAUUAUAAACCUGAUAUAUUUUUAUUUUCAAUUAUUUUAACUUCUAUUACUGUAAUUAUAGCAUAUCUAUUAACAGCUUUUAGACAUUCCAACUUUUUUUCUUCCAAAAUAAGGCAAUCAUUGGCAGAUUUUAAUAUUGUUAUAGCUAUAGCGGUAACAACAAUACUUGCUAUUAUUGUUGGCUUGGAUGUUCCAACAUUAAAAAUUCCAGUUACAUUUAAACCUACAAAAGAUAGAUCAUGGAUUAUAAAUCCUUUAAUUUUUGAUUCAUAUCAUGCUUAUUUGUAUGCAGCAUUCCUUGGUAUAUGUUAUUCAAUUUUAAUAAUGUUAGAUCAACAAAUUACAAGUGCAAUUAUAAAUAAAAAAGAUCAUUUAUUACGUAAAGGACAUGGUUAUCAUCUUGAUUUAAUUAUUGUUGUUAUUCUUAUUAUUAUUUGUGCUACUUUUGGAUUACCAUUUUAUGUUGCUAAUACAGUUAUUAGUUUAAUGCAUGUAGAAUCAUUAAAAAUAUACUCUGAAUGUAAUGCUCCUGGUGAGAAACCUCAAUUACUUGGAAUAAAAGAACAAAGGUUGACAGCAAUUAUAGCACAUAUUAUAAUUGGUUUUUCAGUAUCAUUAACUGCUAUAAUUAAGUUUGUGCCCUUGCCUGUUUUAAUAGGAGUUUUUCUUUAUAUGGGUAUAAUUUCGUUGUCUUCUUUACAAUUUGUACAAAGACUGCGGCUUUUCUUUAUACCUAUAAAACAUCAACCUGAUUUACCAUGGCUGAGAAUUAUGCCUAUGUAUCGUGUACAUCUUUUCACUGUAACACAAAUAGUAUGUUUAACUGGCUUAUUUAUGGUUAAAUAUAAUAAAACAACCUCUAUGAUAUUUCCAUUAAUGAUUGUUUUAAUAAUUAUUAUAAGAUUAACAAUAUUAAAAAUUUUGUUUAAAGAAAGAGAAUUACUGAGUCUUGAUGGUAAACCUCCAACAUUAAAAGAAAUAUUGAAACCAAAAACAAUUAUUGAAAUUAUUGAAGAAAAAAUGAAUUAUGGGAUGAUGAGGAGAGUUGAGAGAAAAGAUUCCCUGGCAAUGUCUAAUAAAUUUAAUCAAAUAUCUAAUUCAAAUUUGAGUGAAAAAAAAAUUAAUUCACAUUUAUAUACAAUGGAUCCAUCUUCUAUAUCAGAGAAAAAUAUUUAUGAAUUAAGCAAUACUACUAGUGAUGAUGUUAUUCAAAAUGCAAAUUCAUUAAAUAAUAUAUCAAAAUCUCACUUCUUAGGUCAAUCAAAUGCAUAA